AGGACUGAACAGAGGAUCUCAGUCCCUAAGUGCCUUCCCUUGGGAGGCGCCCGCCUGCCCUUCGGAAAUUCUGGCAAGACUUGAGGCUUAGGUUGCCCUUGUCCUCUGCCCACGGGCUGCUCUUCAGGAUGCUCUGGUCAGCACCCAAGAGAUGUUCUUCAGAGCUGCCUGGAGUUUCGUGCUGGGGAAACAGAAACGGGGACUUGGAAUGCGAAAGGUGCACAGCCCAGGAGAUCCCGCCCCCAGCAAGGGGAAGGCGCCCGCCUACACCAACUACCAUGCCCAGCGCUCCUACCCAAUGCCAGAUGAGCCCUUCUGCACAGAGCUCAGCGCCGAGCAGCGGGCCCUGAAGGAGAAGGAGAAGGGCAGCUGGACCCAGCUGAGCCACGCCGAGAAGGUGGCCUUGUACCGGCUCCAGUUCCACGAGACCUUCGCGGAGAUGAACCGUCGCUCCAACGAGUGGAAGACAGUGCUGGGCUGUGUCUUCUUCUUCUGCGGGUUCACAGCUCUGCUGAUCUGGUGGCAGCGGGUCUACGUGUUCCCCAAGAAGCCCAUCACCCUGACGGAUGAGUGGAAGGCCCAGCAGCUCCAGCGCAUCCUGGAUAUGAAGGGCAACCCUGUGCAAGGCCUGGCCUCCCGGUGGGACUAUGAGAAGAAGGAGUGGAAGAAGUGACACCCUAGGCCGCUCCCUUGGCCGCUCCACGCGGGCCCAGAGCCUAUGGAGCACCCCUACCCCUCUCCUUCACUCCAAUAAAGCUGGCCUAUUGUCUCCUG